AUGAGCGCGGGGGAGCCGCAAUCGACCGUUUCCACUUUCCUACGGGACCUGCUGGGCGGGAAGGACUACAGCGAUGCGGACGCGACACGACUGCAGAUCCGGCGGCCGUCACGGCUCAAGACACUGUUCAGUACCAUCAUUGGCGUGCUGGAAGAGAGCGAGCAGCUCCGAGCCCUGGAGGCGCUCAUCAGUCUCGUGCGCAGCAGCUGUGGCAAUGUCGAGGCCUGUUCGACUGCCGGUCUGCAGCGCGAGAUCCUGCGCUUCCUGAGUGAGCGCGGUCUCUUUGCCGACCCGAGUCUGCCCCACACGGUGCUCAAGAAACUGCUGCGCGUGUUUCUCUACUUGGCUUACCACUCGGUGAGCAUUGGCGACAUUCAGGCCAUGCUCGCGGUGUUUCGCAGUCAGCGCAUGGUACACGAGGCGCCCGAUGAUCAGUCCGUCAGCUACUACUUGUCGACGCUCGAGAUGAUUGCGCGCGACUCGUUUGGUCCCGCGUCUUUUUUCGACUUGAACGGCGAGUUCUCGGGGUUGUUGAUGCCUGUGCUCCCGGCGUUUCCGAACAAUGGAUACACCUUUUGCGCAUGGAUUAAGUUUGAGCUGCUGCCCGAGGAAGCAGCGCCGCUCUUUACUUUUUGUGGCAAAACAGGAGUUGGCAUCAUGUGCUCCUUCAUGCGCUCGUCGUUGAUGGUCACGAGUUUUGACAAGCGAAAGAACGACGGACACGUUGAGGUGCCGGAUCUCGUCACGCCGGGGAGGUGGCACUUUUUGUGUAUCACGCACACGCAUCGCCAGUUUCGUGGAUCGCGACUUGACGUUUAUCUAAACUCUGAACUGCGUCAGAGUGUGCGCUUGGCAUACCCGAACACAGCACUCAUGGCCCCUGUCGUCAAGGCAUAUUUAGCUAUGCGCGAAAGCAAUGGAUCCAACUCUCUACGUAUCCUGCUCGGACCCACGGCACUCUUUGGACAAGCUUUACCGGCAAGCAUCAUCAACAAUAUCAGCAGCGUCGACGAGUACGAUGCGCUAGUUUUCCAGUUCAAUUCUUACAUCUCGUCAUCAUCCACGUCAUCGAGUGGUGGUGUUAACGGACCCACGGGGACAUCCGGAGGAACCAAUGGUACAGGAAGCUCGACGGAUGGAUUGCUGCUCGCCUAUGAUGCCCGGCACUGCGAUCGACUAAAAGGGAUGUGCUAUGAUUCGAGCGGCAAUGACUUCCACGCGGCUGCGGCCAGUGCAGGAGUUCGACUACGGCACGCAGGAACGUUUAAGCAAGCGGUGGCACAACUCGGAGGUCCGCUUGUCUGUCUUCCGCUACUUGUGACAUCUACAACUGCGCCUGUGUCGACAGCAAAUGCUACAGCAACCAACCAAAACGAAGACGGCACAUCAGAGUCAUGUCUUGUUGCAAUCAACAGUCUGUCAGGACUGAGUGUGGCUUUGACGACCCAAUUCGACGAAGAUUCAGGUUUUCUCAGACAAAUGAGCGAUUUGCUUGCACGUCCAAUGGGGGUACACAGCAUUCCAAAGGUUGUACUGCUGAUCGCAGAAAUCAUGCGCCAUUCACUGGUUAACAAGUUUAUCUUCCGGCGCAGCCAAGGCGUGCGUCUUAUGGCACUGCUAAUGCGCUCGUUGCCACCGCAGUACUUGACGUCCGAUCUUCUGGUUGCGAUUGAGCGAUUGCGUAGCGCGGUGAUCUCGGAUCGUAUUCUGGCGGACGAGAUAUAUAAAUUUCUGCUGUUCAACUUUCGGAUAUGGGUGAAUGCACCGGUGGAUCUUCAAGACAUCUUGUUUGACAAACUGGAAAUUAUGACGCGUAAGGACAACAAGAACUUGUCUCCAGCUUCUACGCGUCACUUCGUGCGUUGUCUAUCGUGGAUUUACUGGAAGGUUCCUACUGCAACGACCCUUCGACGCUCUCGUCAGUUUUCGUCGAAGGAGAUUGUUCUAUUACGGAAGCGUGUGCUGGCAAUGAUCCAAAUCGUGUUAUGUGAGUCCUCACCGAUAAAGAAUGUCGGUUCGGUGAUGCCGUUUCCUGGGAAAGGAAAGGAAGCAAAGUCUCAGCUAUCAUACGACAGCACGCGGUGCCUCAUAUUCUGCAUGAUUGGGAAGCCUAGCAAUCCCAUGAUCCCGGGAAUAAACAUUGAUGGAACCCAGAUCGUUCAUGAGAGCAGCUUGUCGAAUGGGACAUCAUCAUCAGCAACCGUCUCGUCGUCGUCAGGCUCCAAGGCCGCGCCGGAGAGUGACCUCGACGGGGGCGGACCAAUCAUCGAGAACGUACCCGAAACGGAUUUGCCCGACUUGCUGCACCUGCUGAUUGAGCUAUCGGUACAGUCCACAGCUCCAGCAGGAAUGCUGGACCUCUUUGGCCGCUUGGGAGGUCUCCGUAUUUGGCUACCUCUGUUGGAAUUUUCGAACGAUGUGAUCCGUGUCAUGACUCUGCGUUUGCUACGAACGUAUCUGUUUCUAAAGUGCGAGUGUACUCAGGAUCGCGAGGCGUCUAAUAAGACGGACAGGAUACAGCUUUCCGUCGGAGAUGCGUAUCUGAUCAUGCAUUCACUCAAACCUGACGAAAGACCUGUGUCGAUGGGCGUUUACUCAGAAAUCUUGCUCAUGAUUUUGGGUAUCCAAGUGACAGAAAAGAAUAUGAAAGCGCUAGAUGAAACAACGGCAGCAUACGAUGCACUCAUCGACGAAAAUGUGCUAGCUACCGCAACAAUUUGGCACAACAAUAUGAUGCCUGCGUUUCUAGGUCUGUUACGCGCCAGCACUGUCACAAUCCGCAUGGUUGCUAUCCGCCAUCUGAAGAUCAUAUUCGCGUCGUCCACUUUCGCCAGCGCGGUCAACCGCAAUGUUCUGAUCUUCGGAAGUAUAUCGAACAUGGGCGGCACAGCAACUGAGUCGUCAACGACGGAACAAGUCCCCAUCAUCGAGGCCAUCCUCAGUCUCCGUGGAGAUCCGCAGCUCCAACAGGAGUCUUCACCAUCGCCACCAUCAUCCUUGUUUGGUAUAGAGCUACGCGGGUGCUCCGGUGUCACAAUGAGUCGACUCCGAGACAUGGUGCUGAACGUACAUGAACCGGAUGAGGUCCGCGUAAACGCGUUGUACUCGAUUAUUACCCAGGACGAUGUCGACUUCGUGCGUGGUCUAUUGGCUCUGCACGGGGAUGGGGAUCGCAAGAAGCAGGGCAUAAGCGCCAGCUGUUUCAACCACAUGUCAAGUCGCAUGAAACUGGCACUUGUGGAACUGAUGGCUGUGUUCCAGCCCAGUGGAUGUGUUGACUUUAUCACUCAUAUGUCAUACGACGUUAUCUCAUCCAUGAUCUGCUUGGAAGUAAAAACGAAUGAAAUGGCGUGGUUCUUACUACAGGACCCGUUUACUGCUCUAUCGCGCUUUAUUGCGUCGACAGAGGAGUUGGAGAUGGUCGUUGUGUCAUUGCUUAAGACCACUUUGGACAAAAUGAACGAAAUGCUUUCGGCCGAGAUGAAUCUGCGCAUAAACCACGGCACUCCAUCGCGUGAAUCGAUUCUGUGGCGGAAUGCUGAGAGUUUGGCAUCUCUAGCAGCUGCUGUAGUGCUGCACUACGACCCCGAUACUCUGGGCGACGUUGAUCCUAGUGCGUGUGCGAGUACAUGCAGUGAAGAUACGAUUCAUUCUCUGGUGUUCUGGAAAUGCGAGCGAGCCAUUUGGCACGAGGCUGAGCUUGUGGACUCGAUUUUGGGCAUCUGGCAGCAUUUUGCAUCGCAUUUCCACACCGAGUCCGAUGCCAGCUUCGCCCGGCGAUCGAGCAACGCCCAAAGCCGCCGUGGCAGCACAGUGUCGCGCUCGGCAGAGAGCGGCUUGCAAAGUCCUCCAUCAUUGGGCUCGUCUGCGCGUUCCAAUGGCAGCGCGAAUAUGCUCGGGUUCGGAUUCAACCUGCUACCUACAGGUGGUCCUAGUACACCGGUAUCCAAUUCUUCACCGGUACCGUCGUCAAGCGCGAGUACCAUUUCCGCUCGUCCUCACCCCGGUGGCCCAAUGCGCCAGAUCUUGCAGCUCUUGCUGCGGUGCUUGUACCUUGUUCUCAUAUCCGACGACUAUGAAACAUCGGCUUCCAACGAUGGCGGUGACAAUGACGAGCUCUCAUCUGUAAAGCUGCGGCUUCCAGCCAACUCGGUGUUUUUCGCACGCAUCAACAAACUGGAAUAUUUCAUCAAUGCAAUGGGCUUAGGCCACGAGACCGCGCAAUUUGAAUCGAGCUUCGCGCCUUCUCGCUCAGGCUCGAACGGCAUGACAACAACGGCUGGAUUAGUCACAGCAUCUCUAUGCGUAAAGUCUGUCCCUGGAGACGAAACGACGCUGCUCUUGUGGCUGAUUCCUGAGCUCUCUCUGCUGAUCGAUCGCGUUCGACAGAAGAGCUGGUCCGAGUCGGCAGUCAAGUUAGCAAGCAUUCUCGCGUCUUUGGUGUCCGUGCCUCUGCGAUCGUCGGAUCAGCUUACCGACUUGCUUGCCCGGAGCGACUUUGUCGCAAACAACCAAGAAGUCCGUCGUCGUGACUGCUUUUACCACGAACAGAUGGCACACGCACGUGACAUUCGUGCUUUGCGUCGGGUCGGUAUGUUCGACGAAGAAGCGAAUGAAAAGAACCGGGCUAAGACUGAGCUGGAGCGAAUCAGCAAAUUCACUCGCUCAGCACCUUCUCUAGGCGGGCCUUCUAACGACAGCGAGGAUCACGUUUGGUUGGAACGCGUAAAGGCCAAAGAUAUUGACGACUGGAUGAAGCUUCGCGUAUUGGCGAAGUGGGGCGUUCGUCACGUCUGGGGUGUGAAAGAAGAGGCCGCUGUGAACUCUGUUGGUGACAGUACCAUCAUCGGGCUUUGGGGUGACAAUGAGUUUUGGCGUGUUGAUAUCUACACGUCCAGCAAUUGGAUCCGUUGUCGUUUGCUUCCAGAUACAGACGACACUGUUUCUUAUCAUUGCAAUGCGAAUUUGUCUACGUUGAGUCUAAAGCAAGAAAUGGUGAGCAAUAUGCCUGAUGAACUGGUGAUGCCGGUGGUGGAUUCCAUCGUCGUAGACGGUGCGACUCUUGUUGCAUCAGGCGAUUUGAUGGACCAGGCAUUCGAAGAGGAAGAGGAGGAUGACGAGACUCGCACCGAUAGCAGUGGUGGAGAUGGGUCUGAACCUGCGGAAAAUGAAGACCCGGGGUAUGUCGGAUUAGCGCGGCGCCUCAGUGACGUGGGGUACCUGGAUGACGACAAUAGUACACCACAGCAAGAUACUAGUAAAAGGGAUAGGGACAGAGCGCUCUCGAUGCUGCGCGACCGCAUGAACAGUAGCGGCAGCGUCGGAGAUAUUGCACGCUCAUCGCUGCACUUGGAGAUUGUGGGUCUCAAUUCAGACCAUGUGUCAACUGCACCGCUAGCACCGCCACCACCAGACGGUUACGACGGUGCCACAAGAGUUAUGGCGAACAUGUCCAGGGAACGUCGUGCUGUCUCUGUAGAUGUAGCAACCACUGUCAAGUCAGCGAAGGGCCGCAUUGGUACGAUAUCGACGCGCUUUUCCACCGGCAUUAAACGUUUGGCAGGUACGCGUGGCUCGGCCACUUCGUCAGGACCGACGGGUCUGGAGAAUUCAGGUUUGACCAGAAGCAUCUCGAGUAUAUCAGAUGACGGCGGUGGCACGCAAGAUUCGCAGGAUUUAGCAUCCCCAGAUACGACUGAAGGGGAAGCAACGGCUUCACCAAGCAAAGAAAACACGAAACCUCCCAGCCCGAAAGAACCAAGUUUGUCGGCCCCCACGUCUUCAUCGCGAGUGAUCAAGAAGUUUCCGAGUAAACACGAUCACUGGAAAACGUUGGGUGCGCCGUACCGUACCAAGGCGUAUCUCGUCCUGCCGUCGGGCGUUUUAGUGCACGGUGCCCUACGGAUAGGUGCAGCGACGAUUGUCUUUGAGGGCGAGCGUGUGGUAACACUGCGCGGCAUUGCUGACGCGUUCAAGUCAAAUGAGGAUGGGGGUGUUGCUGCUCGGCAGCGCAGCGCGCAAGUACUUCACGAGACCUACAUUUCGCAAUUGAAGCGUCGUGUGUGGGGCGUUCGCGUCAUUCGUGUGAUUCACCGACGGCGUUUCCUUAUGGAGGGUCAGAAUGGUCUUGAAAUCUACUUCGUGGACGGCAGUUCAUGCUUCUUCGGUCUAGAGAGCUUUGGCGAAGCUGAUCUCGUAUAUGCCGUUUUACGAGAGCGCAAACCUCCGUGCCUUGCAAAGUGGGGCAAGAGGUUGUUGACAGCUGAGAGGAUGUUUUCCAAGAGCAAGUGGACGGACAUGUGGGUUCGACGCGAGAUCAGCAACUUCGAAUAUUUGAUGGCACUGAACGUAUCGGCGGGUCGUUCGUACAAUGAUGCUUCGCAGUACCCUGUCUUUCCGUGGGUGAUCAACGACUAUGAGUCUGCUGAGCUUCGUUUGGACGACGAAGACGUGUAUCGGGACUUGCGUCGACCGAUUGGUGCGCAAACGCCUGAGGCUAUUCAGCGUGCGCGAGCAACUUAUGAGAGCUGGGAUCCGAAGAUGCCUAUUCCAGCGUAUCACUACGCAAACGCGUACUCGCACUUGCAGUCUGUGUUAUACUUCUUGAUCCGGCUUGCGCCUUUUACGGGAGCCGUUUUGGGUAGUGAGGAGCAGCGGUUCUACCACAAGUCUGCUGGCGAGCCUACAUUUGAUUCAAUGCGUGAUGCGUUUCAGAUGUGCACGAGUGACGACCGUCACAUGUUUGAGCUGACGCCGGAGUUUUUCUACUUACCUGAGUUAUUUUCAAGUGCCCGGAACAAAACGCUUGCACGUCACUUCAGUCCGGGACAGAAUGUGAGUGCGACGGCGUGCCUGGCACGUGAAGUGGCACUACCUCCAUGGGCUGCAUCGCCAUACGAAUUUGUGCGGCUUCACCGUUUAGCCCUUGAGAGCGACUUUGUGUCUAGCAACCUCCACCACUGGAUUGAUCUUAUUUUUGGGUACAAACAGACUGGCUCACCUGCCAUCGACAGCUUGAACUCAUACCACAUCGCCUGCUAUCCGGAGCGCUUGGAUCUUUGCAGCUCGAGCGACGGUGUGCGAGCAAAACUCGUUCAGCGCGGAACUGUGCCAAUACAGCUUUUCCGUAAGCCACACCCGGUAAGAAUGACCCAGGAUAAGUCAUUGGAGGCACGAUACCCAGCUUCGCACAGCAUGGCUGUGCUCUCAUCGCGUCGGCAGGUCCGCCGCUACGAUCUUCCGUCAAAGCACACCGCGGCUGUAAAGAGCGUCCGCUUUUCGAAUGCUCUGAAUAAUGCAGCGGCACUCACUGCGCUCACUGGAUCCGGCCCCGGACUCGGUAGUGGCACUGGCAUGGGAGCCCACAGCACUGGCAGCAAUGACCAUGGGGUCGUUGUGUACACAACGGAUAGCGAUGGCGUUGUGUUGGCAAAACGUUACUUGAACGCGGUCCCCGAUACCGCCCGCUCUUGUCCAUUCUCAAUGGUGGAUGUGGACCAAUGGUGGAAGCUUCCUGCGGGUUGCCUUGUAAACGAAGGAGUGGUGUUCUAUGAGCAAAUGAUAAGCUGUGGUUACUGGGAUGGCAGCUGGCGCAUUCACUGGGCAGCUGACGGCGAGCUUUUGCAACGGAUCGCUUUCCACAAAAAGCCCAUUCUGUGCAUGGCUCGAAGCGAAGACGAUUUUACGGGUGACCUAGCACUGGCUUUUGGUAGCGAAGAUUGCACUGUUUCGGUGUGGGCUCUGUCAAAACUCUCGGCGUCUCGCUCUCGACGCCUUUUUGUCAAGAAGGAGCUACCCGUUGGUGGCUUGCCUUGGGUGUCACUGGUGGGUCAUACGAGCCCAGUCGUGGCCGUGGCGCUCAAUGUCGAUCUGGAUGUAGUGGUCAGCGCCUCGAAGGACAACGUGCUUUUGCUGCAUUCGCUGCGCGGGUCCACACCCCUUCACGCUUUGGCGCUCACACCGGGACCGAUGGAGACGUCUGUUGUUGCUCACAUGGUCAUUUCGGCACAGGGCGAUACGCUGGUUCACUCGAUCACGACUCACAAGACCCAGUGGAGUGGACGCUACUCUCGCGCAAGCUCGAUCUUCUCUGACGAUAAGGCUAGGCUUACGGUCGGCGAAGGAAAUGGUAAUAGCAGCAUGGUGGCUGGCGGUUUGUCCAGCAGCGGGUAUGUUGCUACGAACGACCAGCUGCAGCCGCGCGACGGCUCUGACAACCAGUCGGAGCUUUACAUGGUGUCCAUCAACGGUCACGUGAUUUCUCACGACAAGCUCGUCACAAGUGUUGACGAUGGAGAAACCGCUGAAGAUGAGAGGCCUCUGAUACCCCACUUGCUGCUAGAUCGCGGUGUGCUAUUCACUCGUUCAGGCGAAUACCUAAUCACGGCGUGUGCUGGUGCGGAAGCAGCAAUCGAAGUGCGUGACGCUGGUAUGCCUCGAUCUGUGGUCCGACGAAUCGAUUGCAAGCGCUCAGGAGCGGACCUGACAAGUGUGAGCGUGGGACAAGAUGAGCGCUGCAUUGUGUGCGGCUAUGCGGAUGGAGCUGUGGUCGCCUAUGCCCUACAUUUCGGUGUUGCGGAUGGCUGCAAGAGUCUCGUAGGGCUCGACAAGCAAGCACGGGAACGCGAGCGUGCUGCCCUUGCACAGGCUACUAAGCGCGAUUUGCUGCGGAGCAAAAGACGGGAGGAGUUUCUGCCUGCCUUUUUGCGCGGCAAUGGCGGCAGUGAAGGCACCGCUCUUUGGUCACGGCAUGGAAAGUCCGGGAUGCCGAAAGAGCCGUACGUAACACACAUGCAGGAGCAGUUUGUGCUGCUCAAGCAAAACUGCGUGAGUGGUGAUGGAAAGUACGAGGAACUGCUUCGUGACCUCUGGACGGCAAUUUACUCGCAGUCACCAUUUGAAAGCGAGUGCAAGGCUUCUGCUCCUGAGCAAAGUCAUUCUGCUGUGGAACACAAUCUGUUGGAUAUGAGCGACGACGACCAUGCAGCUGGUGAUGCUGUUGCUGCUGACACAGCCACCGAACUGCAAUUUGAACGAGUUGGAGAAUCGUGGAGCCGAUUGGGCUUUCAGCGUCCGGACCCGACGACAGAUUUCCGUGCCGGUGGCAUGCUGAGUUUGAAUUGUUUGGUGUACUUUGCAUCACAUUAUACUGCCCACGCUGUGCGCAUGGUGACGAGCCAGGUACCUGGGUCGCACGAUCACACCUACCCGUGGGGUCCUGCAGGUAUCAAUGUGACGUGUAUGGUGGCGCGUCUUUUCUGGAAGUUCAAUGGUGAGCUCGUCCGCGAACAGCAAAGCAACUGGCCACUGUUCCACGACAACGAGGCCUUCCAUCUGCUCUUUUCCGAAGUGUUUGUGCUUUUUGACUACCUCUGGAACGAGAUGAACGCCGAUUACGGCAACUUUUCCAUGGUGAUCCAAACGACAAGCGAUCGGGUCAUGGACGUUCUCGAAGAGGCUGAUGGUGACAUCGAUGCGGUGCUGACGGGGUUGCGCUCGCAGAGCGUGCCUGCAACGGCAGGAAAACAAAGACGAGCAUCUUCGCGCUCGAUGGAGGACUUUCUAACAAGCAUCAACACAAACAUCAGCGACGCUUCAGCUGCUGUCAAUGAAGGGCUUACGUUGUCAGAGGGCGCGGGCGUCCCGCCAUCGUCAUCUCCAAGCAAGUUGCCACGGUCCUCAGGGUCAUUCAGCGAUCAGGUCUCGCAGUCUGUCAAUCGAACGAGUCUGGGCGCUGUUGGCUCGCCAACUUCAUCUGCUGCAACGGUCGAGACUGGUCCUGUUCCAGGCGGCGGCGACAGCAGUGGACCGAAGCCCGCACCGGUUGCCACGGAUGAAGCCUUGGUCCCCGACGUGACCGACCCUUUUGCUGGCAACGAUAUUUGUGGAUUCGAAGAGAAGCCGCCACCGGUGUCGAGCGACGACCCCUUUGCGUGCUUAACGUAA